AGAAAACGGGAGAAAACAGGUGCGCCUGAAGAAGCAAAGCAAGAAAGGAACGUUCGAUCGAUCUCUCUUUGUUCAGGAAAGCACCACUCAACGUCAGACCACUGGACAAAACAACGCGAGGUUUUCUGGAGAGGGAUAAUUUGACGAAGAGAUGCUAUCAGGAUUUGCUGAACUUUGAUUUGGUAGCUCUAACUGCAUCAUAAUCUAAGCUUGCUGAACUGGGAUCUUGAUUCAUAUGGAUAUGCUUAUGAUAGUUUUUCAAAGUCCAAUUUUAGAAGCCUUAAUUAGUAGGUAAAGAGCAAAAACAUGACACUCGAAGACUUCUUCACUUCAACUGAGUUAAAAGAUGGACUCACUACUCCCACCCGAGUUCACCAGCUCCUCACCAUAAUGCAAAAAGAAAAAGAAAAUGUCAAUGAAGCUACACACCACUGGUCAAAUGUCGCAAAUACCCUUGCAACCACUGAAAACAAAGAGUGCCUUGAUCUUUUUGUAAAGUUAGAUGGAAUCUCCUUCAUUGAUAAAUGGCUUAAAGAUGCUCAAACUGAUAUGGAGAAUAGUGAUUUGGAAGAAUUGAUUGUUGGGUUUUUAAGGGUGCUUGAAAAGCUACAGGUGGAUGAUUUGGGUUCUGGAAUUGGGAAAACUGUGGAGGGGCUUUUUGGUCAUAAAAGUUCUGUGGUUCGGGAGAAAGCUAAAGCUUUGAUUGAUAGAUGGACUCCGAUUACGGAUGGAAUGGAAUGUCUUUCCGUUGCUGUUGAUGAUGAAAAAAAAGUCGAACUUUCACAAGAAACCGAUAAAGAAGAGAUUCUUAGUCUCACACAUGAGUCAACGGAAUCUGCUAUUCCGCGUGAAGUUUCUGAUUCCAUUCCACCAGAAACCGAUUUAACGGGAGUUUCAGUUUCUGAUUCCAUUCCACCGGAAACACAUUUAACGGGAGUUUCAGUUUCUGAUUCCAUUCCACCGGAAACACAUUUAACGGGAGUGUCUGAUUCCGUACCUACGGUGGCAGGCGGAAGUGGUGAUGGCGAUGGAAGUCCGGUGGAAACCGAUUUAGCGGGAGUUUCUGAUUCCACAUCUCCGGUAGCAGGCGGUGGUGGUGGUGGAGGAGAGGAAUUGGAUGAUUCUCAGAUGGAUAAAGAUACUGAAGAUGGAAACGAGAAGCAGGAGAUCGAAGGUGCAGUGGAAUUGGAAUUGACUACUUUACUGCAUUCAAGUAAUGAUACAAAGAUGGAAAUGAGUGAAGAGAAAGAUGAAGAUAUAAUGAUGGAAGGUGGGGAAUCUUCAAACCUUAAAACAAGAUCGAAUACAGAAAGCGAUGAAGAUAGUGAAAAUGGUGAAGAUGGAAAGAAAGAUGAUGGAAUUGGGAGUGGGAGUGGGAAUGGGGAUGAUGAUUCAGGGAGUGAUUCCGAUUCGUCUUUUUCUAGAAAGUCAACGAAAGGCCAAGAUGAGGAUUUGAUUAGCAAGAGACCAUCUGAUAUGGAAUUGGAUUACGGUAUUGUGGAUCCAUUGGAGCUUGCAAGACAAGUCGCUAUUGAAAUCGAGAGAGACGUCGAUUCCAAUUCCGGAGGACAAAGUUCAAGUAGUUCUUCUUCUCACAAUAUGUCCUCCGGGAAUGGAAUCGAAAAAGAACCCGAGGUUUCAUCCGGACCGGUAGAAGAAUUAGAAACGCGUGUCCCGGAACCAGAAAUUCCACCGGUUCAAGAAUCGGAAUCGGCAGCAAACAUUGAAAAGGGGUUUUCUGGUUUUGAUCUGAACCAAGAGAUUUCUAAUGAUGAAACCGGAAACGGAAUCGGAAUCGGAAUCGAGUUUCCGAUGGAUCCGGUCUCGACACCAAUCUCGUUUGUUUCCGCUUCUAGACCGGAACCAGCUACCGAACUACCCAUUUCGCCCUUGCAAUUCGAGGGUACCCUUGGAUGGAAAGGCUCAGCCGCCACCAGUGCUUUUCGCCGGAUUCCGGAAGUCGAAAAGACGUUUUCGUCCUCGUCGAGCCACCGGUCAGACGGUCUUAAUUUCGAUCUCAACGUGACGGAAUCCGGUGACGAUAAAACUGAAAACCUCUUUUCUAGCCGAGACAAAAUGCCAAUCACGCCUUAUCAAGAAACUCCAAGAAGAUUAGAGAAACUGGAAUUGGAUCUUAAUAGUUUCGGCGGCGGAACCGGAACCGGAAUUGGAAUAGGUGAUUCCACCAGUGGUAUAACUCUGGAUUGGAAUCGCGAUUCCAGAGUAUCCUCUUUCCAAAAUUAUCCCCCGACCCAAACCCAAACCCAAACCCAAACCCAAACCCAAUCUUUACCCUUUAAAAACAUCGAUUUGAACUUAAACGACCACAACUCAAAUCCCCCAAACAACCCUUUUCUUUCCAAGCUAUUUAACAAACGAGAGGAAUCCGUGAUUUCCAUUUUCGGUACCCAAGUUGAAGUAAACCUUAAAGAUUCCAAUUCCAGUUCCAAUUCCAAUUCCAAUUCCAUUCCUACACCGAACGGAAUCGAUUUCACUCUAGGCCGACCCGGUUCCAAUUCCAUUCCUACUCCUACUCCUACUCCCUACACCAACCUUCCUAAUUACCCCCACAACGGUUUUCAAAUGACUCCCAUGUACGGUGGGCCCCACCUAGGUGUGUCAGGUGGACCCCACCUAGGUGGGUCAGGUGGGUUCGGGUCAAUCCCAUACAUGGUUGACUCACGAGGAGCCGUAGUGACACCUCAAAUCAUGCAACAACCGGUCUAUUCCCAACCGUCCCACCCGUUUCUCUACGGGUCAAACGGUGCGGGCCCGUCACGUAACAACUUCGAUCUGAAUUCCGGGUUCAUGGGCGAUUUGGGAAAUAGAGAAAACAACGGUGGAAUUGGAUUCCGACAGUUUUUCAACACCAAUCAAGAACAUCAACAACAACAACAACAGCAACAGUAUUUAAGGAUGAAUAACAACAACAAUUUACAAGCUUCAUCGAGUUCAAUGAUUGGAGGAAAACGAAUGGAACCAGAAAGUGGAUGGGAUUUGUUUCCAGUUAACUACAAGCAACAACAACAACAUCAAAACCAAAGUCAUAAUCAUAAUCAACAUCAAAAUCAAAAUCAUUAUCCACAUCAACAACCACCAUGGCAAUAGAGAGAGUGAGAGAGAAAGAGAGAGGUGUUACUGGUUAGUUAUGGUGAUUGAUUUGAUUUGAUUUGAUUCUGUUCUUGCUAUCUCUCCCUCUUUCUUUUUUUAAUCAGUUUUUAUUAUAGCCUUAGUUAUAGAGUAGGCUAGUGCGAGAGCUGUUAACUUUAGUUGGAGGGGUGUUAGUGGAAUUUGAAUAAAAGUCAGGGGGUGUAAUCAGUAAUGUUAUUGAUGAGAUUAAUUGGCGAAAGAAAGUAGGUUUUACAGUGAUUUAUUUUCUUGAUUUUCAAAAACUUUGUUCACAUAGAGUUGUAAUUUUCUUCUUCAUCAUAUAUAUCAAAGAAAUUUAGAAAUGUGGUAUGUUUA